CCUUGGCAGAUGUCAUGGCGGCCACAAUAUCGCAGUUCCAAGUUUCGAAAUGUCUACGGCAAAGUAGCCAAUCGAGAGCACUGCUUUGACGGGAUUCCAAUUACCAGGAAUGUCCAUGACAACCAUUUUUGUGCAGUCAAUACCAGAUUCCUCGCCAUAGUAACAGAAAGUGCUGGUGGGGGCGCUUUCCUCGUCAUUCCACUGGAACAAACUGGCCGAAUUGAACCAAACUACCCCAAAGUCUGUGGCCACCAAGGCAACGUGCUUGAUAUUAAGUGGAACCCUUUCAUUGAAAACAUCAUCGCUUCUUGCUCAGAAGAUACUUCAGUUCGGAUCUGGGAAAUCCCAGACGGAGGCUUGAAGCGCAACAUGACAGAGGCUGUCCUGGAGCUCUAUGGCCACAGCCGGCGUGUGGGCAUCAUCGAGUGGCACCCAACCGCCACCAAUAUCCUGUUCAGUGCUGGAUAUGACUACAAGGUCCUCAUCUGGAACUUAGACAUUGCUGAACCAGUGAAGAUGAUUGAUUGCCACUCCGAUGUCAUCCUUUGCAUGUCCUUCAACACAAACGGCAGUUUGCUCGCCACCACUUGCAAAGACAGGAAGCUACGGGUCAUUGAGCCACGUUCAGGCAAAGUCCUCCAGGAGGCAAGUUGCAAGAAUCACCGUGUGAACCGUGUGGUCUUCUUAGGGAACAUCAAGAGGCUUCUAACAACGGGUGUGUCGCGCUGGAACACCAGACAGAUUGCUCUCUGGGAUCAGGAGGAUCUCUCCAGGCCACUGAUAGAGGAAGAGAUCGAUGGAUUAUCAGGCCUUCUCUUCCCAUUCUAUGAUGCUGACACCCACAUGUUAUACCUGGCUGGCAAGGGAGAUGGGAACAUCCGAUACUAUGAAAUCAGCACUGAGAAGCCAUACCUAACCUACCUAAUGGAGUUCCGUUCUCCAGCCCCACAGAAAGGGCUUGGAGUAAUGCCGAAGCAUGGCCUGGAUGUCUCUGCAUGCGAGGUGUUUCGGUUUUACAAGCUCGUCACGCUGAAGGGAUUAAUUGAGCCCAUCUCCAUGAUUGUACCGCGGAGAUCUGAAACAUACCAGGAAGAUAUCUACCCAAUGACUCCGGGUCCAGAACCUGCCCUCACUCCAGACGAAUGGCUGAGUGGAAUGAAUAGGGACCCCAUAUUGAUGUCUUUAAAAGAAGGCUAUAAGAAAGAAUCCAAAAUAGUUUUCAAACCACCAAUAAAAGAGAAGAAAAAUGUUGUUGUCAAUGGGAUAGAUCUCUUGGAAAAUGUGCCACCCAGAACAGAGAAUGAGCUCCUCCGAAUGUUCUUCCGGCAACAAGACGAGAUCCGCCGACUGAAGGUUGAGCUUUCGCAGAAAGACAUCAAAAUCCGACAGCUACAGUUGGAAUUGAAAAACUUGCGCAAUAGCCCUCAAAACAAUGGACUCUGAAGGGAAUUUUUUUUUUCUAAAGAAACUCUUUGUUUAUACCCACUCUUUAAUUUUACUGUCUCAACACAUGAUAUGAGCCAGAGACCCUGUGCCAGCACAUGGGUGCACCUGCUAACUGGAAGCCUCUUCUUCUGUGGUCGUUGCCUAGCACUAAAAAGUUAUUUGUAUGAUUUAACUUGAGAACUACUGCAUGAAAAGAACAAGGGAGGUGUAUAUUCCAAAUUUCUCUUGAAGUAAGUAGAAGCGAAAUGCUCUUUGUCAUUCUUGCAAAAUUACGGAAUCGUUUUUCAUCUCUGAUUAGUCCAGGGAUGAGAAAAGCAAAACACUGUAAGCCCAGACAAAAGCAACUGAAUUCAUUGUUACUUACCUUUCUUUUCACGAGAUAAAGGGUGGAUGUCCAUAAACAGCAAGUGUGCAGUUGGAACGCAAACACACUACCCUGAAAAGAAAUCUGGAAGGAAAACGGCUUCCCUUCUCUUGGGAACCGUCCGGGGGUGGGUGCCUUGUGACCUGAGCGUUCCUUGAACCCUGCAGCCGGUUUGGGCUUUGGUGUUAUUGAACACUCUCCAGGGCUCACCCUGCCUGCCUGGCACCUGCUUUGCUUGGGCAUCACUUUUGGGCUGGUAGCUACAAUUUAUUCUGUUGAAAUAUACCCAAUGGGCACCGGGUAAUGAAUACAUGCAGGUCGCAUCUCUAAUUGGUCUCUUCAGGAGUGGUUGUGAAUGUACCCAUGUACACACACAUAACACACACACACACACACACACACACACACACACACACAGAGUUACAAGAGUCCUGAAGAUAAACUUGACAAAAGGAGACAGAUGCUGUUAAGUGACAAGUAGGUGAAGGUUUUGAGGGAAUACAAUCCAAAAUGCAAAUCCAACACAAACAGGCCUACCAAAUCAUCCUCUUGAUCAAGAAAGGCCCAACGGGUUUUUUUUUCAAGUGGGGAGCACUUAAUCCAGCAAGAAUUAAGCACUUUUAAUGAACUACCCAUUAGCAGCUUAUGAGUUAGGGGAAUAUUUCAUUCGUUUUGGUAGAAGCAGU